CUCUGCGGUAACCCCUAGUGCGAAAACUUCAAUGAGUUUUCCGGGUUUCGGUUGCCCAGCCCUCGUAUGUUAUCUUUUUCCCAUUCUUAAAGUUCCAGGCUGCUUGACUGCGUUAUUUUUAUUAUUUAUUAAGGGUCUCAGAAAUACAACCACCUAUACAACAAAGCUACAACAACCAUGAGUUUCUCGGGGAACAUGUGAAGUGAAAAGAGAAAAGAGCAGCAAUGGAUGAACAUCUUGAACAAGGGGAUCAAGCAGUCACUACUCAGCUAGUGAAUGUGACACUGCCAGCAUCAGACAGCACACACCACAGCAGCAGUGUCCUGACUUACAUCUUAGUGCCCUUAGGAUCUGUCAUCUUCAUUAUAAUUGUGAUUGUAAUGAUUGUAUUUAUACUGAAAAGAAGCAGGCUUGAACAGCUGCGUCAUCAUCUGAUGCCUCUUUACAACUUUGACACAGUAGACAGUGGUGGUGACUGGGAGACAGACCUCCUUGAAGAGGAAAGACGGCAGCAGCAAGUGCGGCUUCGCGUCAGUGACAGCAGUCCUCCAGACUCACCACUGCUGAAAUCAUCAGGGUAUCAUUCCACUUUUUAGUUAAUCGAUAAAAAGGAAAAGUGUCAAUAUUGUAUUCCUUUAGCCUCUUCUCCACUGAAACUUUGUGUGAAACAAAACAUUCCGGAGGUGGUACUAUCAAAAAUCAAUAUUAACAUCUCAAAGUAACAUUAUUGUGUGAGGAAAGUAUCGAAUAGACUCUUGAAUAUAAGAAAGUGUUGCACAGAAUUCUGUACAUGAUCAUUUGGGUAAUGCUUUUGUAUUUAUGUGAAAUAACAUUUCUCUUUCAAGGGAAAGAAAAUUCUUUAAUAUGUUCACUACAGAAAUAUGUGAAGAAUAAAAUCUGUUGUCAGUUUUGGAGCCUGAUUUUGCAAAGUGAACUAGAUUCUUAUGUAUUUUUCCCACUUCUUCAGUAUGCAUGUUGGUUGUUUUUUUUUUAAGUAACCUUGAGAAAUAUCUUUGUUUUUACUGAUUGAAGAUAGUGAUCACAGUGUAAGAGGUUUUCAUGUUGCUCAGAUGUAUCAAAAACAAGUAAAUUGAUGUCUUUCACAUGUAAUAAUAAAGGGCUAUCCAUUUGCUAAUUGGAUUGCCAUGCACAAACCACAUUAUGGUUUUGAUUGACAAAAUGUAGGCACACCAAGCUUAUGAUGUACCUUCAAAUAGAUCUUGUAAGUUGUGGUGUCAUAAUUGUGAGUGAUACUGAAUGAGUCUCAAUUCAUUCCAGAAUGUACAGUUAUUAAACGUUAAAAUGUGUUUAAGUAUAUUUUCAGUGACAGUUUCUUUAAGUGCAAUAAAAAGGAUGGAAAAUCUCAGUAUUGUCCAAACACAUUCUCAAGCUUUUCUUUGCAAUUUUGUUAUAUUAAUGAUAUGCUGGGGAUGCACACUGUUGUGUUUUCCACACACAUGCUACUUAAAAAAUUUUCAUGGUUUUUAAAAACGGAAACUACCAAAGUAUUUAAAGACAGCAGAGGAAUGCACGAUAUGAUGUUCAUGCUUGUCUAUGAAAAUCUUCUAAGCAUUUCAUUUAUAAAAUGUGUUUGAUCAUGUUUAUGAAAUCUUGGCUUUUUAACUUAAAUUUUGUUAAGAUAUGGGCUACAGCUCCAUUUGUCCAAUCUUUUAUUUUAAGCUUCAGUAGUCCUAAAUCUUUUAACAUGCAAGCUGUCGAUACAACACAGACAUUGUCUUUUCUGUGAAGAAAAUGUAAGCUUUAUUCAGCUAAGUGGAAAACUUACCUACUGGCAAUUUGUUUUUUGCAGAAUGUUCCUUUUUUGGCAGUUCAUUACAUAAAUGUAAGGCUUUAUAAAACAAAACAUUCUUUGUAUCUAGUAUAAUAAUUGUCAAUUAAAAAAUGACCUAAUGCUUGUGCCAUAGAGGUACCAUUUUAUGAACCUGAACCUUUGUUGAAGGUUUAACAGCAGUACAUGUGAUAUAUGUAUGGCAGUAUUGUUUCACCUCAUAAUGACUGUACUGACAGGUAAAAAAGUCCUUUUAGUGUUUCAGAAUUUUUGUACACGAUUUUCUAUAUUUCAAAGAUAGAAAAAUUGUUGCAUUUGUUUCAGCAUGCUCAGGAUUAAAAAUUAUGUUGCAUUCUUGAGUGGUCAUCAGUUUGAAUUAGCUUUCUCUAGACUAAGCUUCUUGUUGGCAAAUUAAAUUUUCUUUGUACUGAGUUUACACAAUUUAUCAUAAGCCAAUUUAUCAUAAGGCAAAUUUCAGUAUGUCUGUUCUCCACAAACUUAUCAAGGAACUAAUCACAUUUGAGAUACCAUGGUCAAACAAACGCAAAGACAUCUUAUUUUUGUUGUUGCUUUGGUCCUUGUUGCCAAAUUUAAACUAUAUUUGUGAAGUAAGAAAUCUGAUUCAUCCAUGAAAAUUUUGCAGCAUUUUAUUGUCUUGCAUGUUUUCUAUUCUGGCAAUUGGUAAAAACUUUUGCCAUCUUCUAGUCUAUUUAUUCCACAUUAUGUAUAGUCUGUUUAGUAAAUGAAUGAGUAUAGAUGGUCUUAUUUCUUCAAAUAUUGCAACUCUUCCUCAUUACUUGUAUUUUUUUGAAAUCAUGACCAUGUGCAUAUCACAACAGUACAUGUGGAUUGUUCCAGUUUCUCGUUUUUUCUGUUCAUCUUGAACAUAAAGCCAUUUGUUAACAGAAGUUGUUUUAACAAAUGUGUUGAGGUACUCAUUGUCCCUAAGUCUUACAUGCUUAAGAAUAUGAAAACUAUGAGUCGGAUGAUGUUUAAUGCCUUUGUAACAAUUUUUUGUGGAAGUGAUAAGGCAUAAAAUUUUCAUUGUUUAAUGAUCUCGAUAAAAUUAUACCACUGCCCUUGUAAGUGAUAAGUUGUUUUUGUUACAGCUUUUUCAGCAUUUAUUUUAUCCUGUUGAUAUUCAGUUUAACAUUUGUAAUAAAUAUUUAUUCGUGCAGAGACUUGGUACUGUUACGUUUGUGAGCCUGAAUUAAAGAUGCAAUACUCACUGUUA